AUGAGGUUAGCGCAGUCAUUGGCGACAGAAAAUGAUAUGAACAAUACAUACGAGUUCGCAGUUGAAGCGAGAGCAGCCGAGCCGCUGAAGAUAGUUCCUUUUUACAUGGUCAGACAUGCUCUUUCUAGCGAAUUUGCAAGAGUUUGUCGACAGCCGAUAGAUGGCAUGUAUGUUGUACCGAGCGCAGAAGAUCAGUUCAAAACGUUGACUGUUCCAGGAUGGUUCGGCCUUCUAUUUGUUCGACGGGGCGUAUUUGGUGGUGGUAUUUUCCGAUUUAACGUGAGAAUACCGCGUGAUUUUCCUAACACAACCUCUCUACCGGUGGUGAAAUUCGAUCUAUUCAUUUUCCAUCCAAACAUUGAUCCAUUUCAUCAACGGCCCGAUCUCAGUCGCUACUUCCCUGAUGGCUGUUGGAAAAAGGACAAGCAUCAUAUUCAGAAUGUCUUGCUAGUCGUUCAACGGUUGUUUUUCUCAUUCGACUUCGAACCAGAUUCAUGUGCAAAUCCGAGCGCAGCAAUAACAUGGCGCGAAGACAAGGAAAAGUUCAGAUCAAUGGCGAAAGCCUGCGUAAAUCAAAGCCGCAUGGAGGUAUAUGACGAGCCCGAAGAUGCGAAUGAUCCAAAUUUUUUGCGGUAA